CAGACAUGUUUCUCAAGCCUAUGCGGUAAACAACAUUAGAGUUCACGGUUUUAGUUGUCACUGUAGCCUUGUAAUGUCCCUCUAUUUGUAUAAUUUAAGACACGUUCGGUUUAUAUAAACGUUCGAUUUAAUCGGGUAUAUCGAAACCGAAGACGUGCAUGUUAUUAACCGCUAUAUUUGUCUGCGUUUGAUAAGACUUGCUACAUAAUCACUAUGACAGCUCUGUGAAAGCAGCUCCUGAAAGAGGUCACAUUAAAGAGUGGCCUUUACUCUGGCAUAGCAUGCCUUAGAUCCAAGCGAAUCGAUAAAUCAGUUUUUAACAUGGCAGCGCUACUUCUGCAGCGUGGAAACGCAUGUUAUAGCAAACGGUUUUGGUCGCUGUCGUCUCGUUUCAGCUGUUUUCAGAACAGUAGAAAGCUAACAGAGAGCAAUGUGACGCCUUUAGUGAUUUCAAAGACACGAGGGCCAAACUCAGGACACUUUCAGGACAUUUUGACAAAGCCUUUAAUCCCAAGGCUUAUUGGACUUGAAUUCCAUUGUCGCCACAACUUGCUCACAACUCAAGCGAAACUUUGGAAACUUUUAGGCAGUACUCAUUACUUCAGCACAUCCAACAGAAGACAUGAAAAGAAACAGGGUGAAAAAGGGAAGACCCCUGAGGAAGAGGAAGAAGAGAAAAAGAGACGAGAGCAGGAGGAUCAGAUGUACAGGGAGCGACUGCGCACACUUUUUAUUAUCGCUGUUAUCAUGAGCUUACUCAACUCUAUUAACACCAGUGGCGGGAACAUAUCCUGGAACGAUUUUGUGAAUGAAAUGUUAGCCAAAGGGGAGGUGUCGCGAGUACAGGUGGUCCCAGAGAGUGACAUUGUGGAGAUCUACCUUCACCCUGGUGCGGUCAUCUUCGGCAGACCGAGACUUGCCCUGAUGUACCGAAUGCAGGUGGCCAACAUUGACAAGUUUGAGGAGAAGCUUAGAGCAGCGGAGGAAGAGCUGAAUAUAGAUGCCAAAGACAGAAUACCAGUGACCUACAAGCGCACAGGCUUCUUUGGGAAUGCCCUUUAUGCACUUGGCAUGGCUGCCAUUGGGGUUGCAAUCCUCUGGUACAUCUUCAGAUUAGCAGGAAUGGGUGGGAGAGAUGGCGGCUUUAGUGCAUUUAAUCAGUUGAAAAUGGCUAAGUUCACCAUUGUUGAUGGGAAAUCUGGGAAAGGUGUUAGCUUCAAAGAUGUGGCAGGAAUGCGCGAGGCCAAGAUGGAAGUCAAAGAGUUUGUGGAUUAUCUCAAGAAUCCAGACCGAUACCUUCAGCUUGGGGCUAAGGUUCCUAAAGGCUCUCUGCUCCUGGGUCCUCCUGGCUGUGGGAAGACUCUGCUUGCUAAGGCUGUGGCAACAGAGGCUCAGGUGCCCUUCCUGGCUAUGGCAGGUUCAGAGUUUGUAGAGGUGAUUGGAGGCCUUGGAGCUGCAAGGGUGAGAAGUCUUUUUAAAGAGGCUCGUGCUAGAGCUCCUUGCAUUGUCUACAUCGAUGAGAUUGAUGCUGUGGGAAAGAAACGCUCUACGAACAUGUCUGGUUUCUCAAAUACAGAGGAGGAACAGACCCUUAACCAGCUACUUGUUGAGAUGGACGGAAUGGGUACCACAGAUCAUGUGAUCGUCUUGGCUUCCACUAAUCGGGCAGAUAUUCUGGACAACGCGCUCAUGAGACCAGGCAGGCUUGAUAGACACAUAUUCAUAGACCUGCCAACACUUCAGGAGAGAAAGGAAAUUUUUGAGCAGCACCUGAAGAUCCUAAAGCUCACACAACCAGCAGACUUUUAUUCUCUGCGUCUGGCUGAGUUGACACCAGGCUUCAGUGGUGCUGACAUUGCCAACAUCUGUAAUGAAGCUGCCCUUCAUGCUGCCAGAGAGGGCUUCAAGUCCAUCGACACCUUCAGCUUUGAAUAUGCUGUGGAAAGAGUCAUUGCAGGGAGUGUGAAGAAGAGUAAAAUCUUAUCAAAGGAAGAGCAGAGGGUGGUAGCCUUCCAUGAAUCUGGUCAUGCUCUAGUUGGAUGGCUGCUAGAACACACUGAAGCUGUCAUGAAGGUUUCAAUAGCUCCCAGGACGAAUGCUGCUUUGGGCUUUGCUCAGAUCCUGCCGAGGGAUCAGUUUUUGUUCACUAAAGAGCAGCUGUUUGAGAGGAUGUGCAUGGCAUUGGGUGGACGAGCCUCUGAGGCCAUCACCUUCAAUAAGGUCACCACAGGUGCUCAGGAUGACCUGCGGAAGGUGACCCGUGUAGCGUACUCCAUGGUGAAGCAGUAUGGAAUGGUUGACAGUGUGGGACAGGUGUCCUUCCCUGACUCUGAGGAUCAGAGUGGCAUUGGACGGAGACCCUUCAGCCAAGGCCUCCAGCAGCAGAUGGACCUCGAAGCCAAAAUGCUAAUAGCAAAAGCCUACAGGCAUACUGAGAAACUGCUUUUGGACAACAGAGACAAACUUAUUCUGCUGGCGAAUGCUCUGCUAGAGAGAGAGGUGGUGAACUACGAUGACAUUGAGGCUCUACUGGGGCCUCCUCCAUUUGGCCCCAAAAGGAUGAUCGCUCCUCAGAGCUGGGUGGAGGCUGAAAGAGACCUGCAGGACACUGGAGAAGAUGAGCCUCGCAGACCCCAGAGACCAUCCAAAGACAACAAAGAUGACGACAUCAACCUAAGCCCAGCCUAAGCUUCAUAACACACAUAAUGUCUGGAAUACCUACAUGAAGAGAGAGUGACUGUCUCUGAGGAUCGGGCUGAUUCACAAAAUUUAGCUUUAAGAGCAAAAAAAAUAGUUUUUGUUCUCACGCUUAAUGUUUCAGUCCAGUCUGACUGAAGUGUGCUUAGGCUGAUCAUUUUGACCAGUAAUUCUAUUUGAAAUGUCUGUAGGACUUUUGAUUAUGAAACAAAUACAUUUAACAAGCAUCAAUCAAGCAUUUAAGUUUCACUUGGAGUAGUCCGUUUCUUAAAGAGUUGUUGAUUCCUCCUUUGAGAAUCGUACAAAAUCUGUUUUUAAAACAGUAGCUGUGCUGCUUUUUGCUUGACUGAAACAUUUGCAGAAGUAUGUCUGAAAUCUUGUGUUAUCAGUGGAUUUUCUGCACUGUAUGUAAUAAAUGAUUACAUUUACUUUUAAUGUGUUUAUAUUGAGCAAUGAGAUUGAUUUUAUUAUCUUAUUGGUUUGUUUAGUUAUAUUGUUCUUUUAUUGCUUAUUUUUUACUCCAUAAAACACUCCUAGAAUCAAAAGGUCCAUAAUUAAACAUGUAUGCAUUGGGUUGUGAAUAUUAAUGAACUCUACUCUGACAUGCAGCUCACACACACUGCAGGAUGUAAGCUGAACACUUACUAAUAUAAACUCAAUCAGAGUAAUGUUAAAGAGCCCCUAUUAUUGUUUUUUUGAAAAUGACCUUCCAUGCAGUGUCUAACACAGCACUAAGUGAAUGAAAACAUCCAGCUGAGGUUUAAAUAUGAAAUUGCACUGGGUUUAAAACUUUUUGUUCUAUUUAGUCGACUCAGAGUCAAAUAAAUGAGACGUCUUGGGUUUGGAUCUUUUGCCUAAACGCAUCAAUGUCGAGACAGUACCUCACCAAAUAUGAAGUGCCGGAUCCAGUAAAACGUUACAGCGCCUUUCCCUUCAGACACUAGCGAAGAGUGGAGCUAAUAAUAUGCCAAAACAAUCUGAAUUUGAAUUGUGUUCAUUUGAAUUAUUGACAAUUGUAAUUUAAUAAAUCUGAUUUUUUAUGUGUUGUUAAUUUUUUUUGAAUUUGAAUUUCUUAAUAAUAAUUUCAAAACUUGAAUAUUGAACAUCUGAAAUUUCAGACAACUGAAUUUUUUCAAGGUUGAAUGUUUUUAUAGAGGCAUUUUUGUAAACUUCAGAUUUUUUUUGUGUUCUGAAUUCAUAGACUGCAGAUAUCCAGUUUGUAAAAAUACAGUUUAAAAUUGUCAAGAUUCAAAACCAUGAAUUCAGAUCGUGAAAUUGAGAUUCAGCAGAAUGUUGGUCAGGGGUCAUCAACAGGGAAGAGUUGUGCUUUACAUGUAUGGCUGGUGUUAUGAUCUGUGACAAAUCGAUAAAUGAUCGAAACCCUUUCCCUGUAGUUAAUAAGAGAAAACACUUCCCUGCCAUUGAUGAGUUUUACAGCAAUCUGUGUUUUAGGUGUAUUACGAUAUUGGAAGCCCUAACACAUGUCUUGACAAGAGACCAAAAUAAAGAAGCUUAUGAUUUG